AUGAAUCCAGAAGAUUUAAAUUUAUGGCUUAAAAAACUUAUAAAUACUGACAAAUUUGAUGCAUGGCUUGCAGUUUCAUUUCUUUACCGUUAUCCUACGGUGGGAAUACACGAAUACAUUUGUAAAAAACUUAAGCACACAAAAAAUCUUAUUAUUGUGAUACCACAACUUGUACACAUAUUUUUGUACCAUUCAGACUCUGAAAUCAGUAAACCUAUUUGUAAUUUAAUGAAAUAUCGUGCAACAAAAUCCAGAAAGUUUUUUCUUUCACUCUAUUUUUAUUUAAAAGGAGCUAUAGAAACAAUUGAUAGUAACAAAUCUAUACACUGUUAUUUCUUAAUUUGUGAUAUAUUAAAAUUGGAAGGGAGAUGUUUAAGCAGAAAUACAGAAUUUAUAAAACUGCAGCUUAAAUAUAAAAGACGAUUACAUAGAACGCCACGAGUAAUAAAAGAAAAAAAAUGUAUGCCGAAUUUUGACGGAAUAUUUUUAUGUUUCUUACGGUCUGUUAUGUGGGUUUGCGAUUUAAAAAUUUUUAAAAUGAUAAAAAAUUAUGAGACAGUUUUUCAACAAGCAAGAAAUGUAGCAAAGAUUAAUUUUAAACCUGUUAUGGAUACAGGUAAUGCAUUUAAACACACUUCUAUAAAAAGUAGUAUUAUGUUUAUUGAAUAUUUAGUUGAAAUAUCGUAUAGGCUAAAAAAAUUACCUAAAAAUCUUAGACAAAAAGGAUUAGAGAUGGAGUUGAAGCUUUUAAACUGCAAUUUACCAGGUAAAAUAUCCUUACCGUUUUUUAAAAGCCAAUAUGUUUUGUCAAUUCGAAUAGAAUAUUCUACAACAUUAAGUUCUGCAGAAAAUACGCCUUACAUCGUUUUAUUAGAGAUUGCUGAUGAAACACUGCCAAAAAAAAGGAUUGAUGCGAAAAAUGCGGCACUUUUAAUGCAACAACUAAAUGCAGUUUCGGGAUUUACGUAUAUUUCUGAUUCAAAGAAUAUAAAUGAUAAUUAUGCAGCAUCUUUACAAAAAAUUCUAGAAGCAGAAAGAAUUAUUACUGAUUCUGAAUGCGAAAAUGACACGGAAAAAAUACAAAAAAAGAUUACAAAAUGGAAAAAAAGAAGGUAUCGUUUAAAUUCCGAUAUCAAAUCAUCUCUUUCAAAUGAAAUUGUUAAAUUGGACUCAUUGAAACUCAAUGAGAAUUGUAAACCGCCAAAUUUAGAUGCAAACUUAAUCAAAAAAGAAUAUUUAAAUCCAAUGAUUGACAUUUCGAGUGUUUUUUUUGAAAAUAAAGACCCUAUAGCGAAAACGGAAAACGGUGAUGAUCUUAUAAGUGAAAGUGAUUUGUCUUCUGUUGAUGAGUGGCAAAUGCGUAACAAUCUUGUAAAAACAAUAUCAAGAUACGGAAAUCUUAGAGGAUGGCGCCUUGUUAGCUUGAUUGUAAAAACAGGAUGUAGCUUAAAACAAGAAAUAAUUGCAUAUCAAAUUCUUUUAGAGAUGCAACAAAUUUGGAAAGACGAAAGUAAAGAUAUUUGGGUCAAACCAUAUCAGAUAUAUUUUGUUAAUAAUAACGCAGGACUUGUUGAAACAGUUGAAAAUGCUUAUUCGAUUCAUAAAAUAAAAGAAACAGGUAAACAAGAAAAUCGAAAUUUUAGUCUUAAAACGUAUUUUUUAGACAAAUUCGGGGAUGGCACUGAUGCAUAUAAACAAGCUACGUACAAUUUUCUUAUUUCCCUAGUAGGCUAUUCUUUAGCUUGUUAUAUUUUACAAAUAAAAGACAGACAUAAUGGCAAUAUUUUACUAGACACCGAAGGACACAUUAUACAUGUAGAUUUUGGAUUUAUUUUGGGUGAUCAUCCCGGUUUUUACUGUGUUGAAGUAGCACCAUUUAAAUUUUGCAGUGAAUACGAAGAGUUACUUAAAGAUUUGUUAGAAGAUUUUAAGAUUCUGUUUUUGGAAGGUUUUUGUGCGUUAAGAAAGCACAGUGAAAGAUUAUGUCGAAUUUUAGAAAUGUUAUCAGAAAAUUCUGAUAUUAGAUGCGUUAAUAAAAAAGUACUUAAUAGCUUUAAAGAUAGAUUAAAAUUAGAGAUGAGUGAUAAAGAGUUAGAAAGCUACGUAUUGUUUUUAAUUAAUAAGAGUUUUAAUAGUAUGGGAACGGGCUUGUAUGAUUCUUAUCAAUAUUUUUCAAAUGGAUAUUUGUAA